UAUACUUGCUAUGCUGAAAUGAGGAUAGGAAAUAAUAUAAAGUACGUCCAAUGAAAAUUACAUUGAUUUUCACAAAAUAUAAUUGUAGUUAAAUUCAUUGCAUGUACAAUAAAUGACAAAAAAAUAUAAUUUCUAUUUUCAUGGCAUGUCAAAUAUCCACUCAUAUGUUAGUAUGUAUACAACGCCGGUUAAAUAAGACACCUGCUAACCUUUCAGACAGCAUCGUGUUUGAGAAAACUGUCAUUUCACUGAUAGGUUGAAUGCUCGGUAGUAGAAUGAGUAAUUUAAGAAAAUUUAUAGACAUCGGGGCCAAUUUGACAGAUCCUAUGUAUCAAGGAAUUUAUCAUGGAUCACAAAAACAUCUACCAGAUUUGGAUAAAGUUUUAGAACGAAGUUGGAAUAAUAAUAUUUCAAAAAUUAUAAUCACUGCCGGUAAUAUAGAAGAAAGCAAAAAGGCUCUUGAAAUAGCACGAACAGAUGAGCGACUAUUUUCUACAGUUGGCUGUCAUCCGACACGUUGUAAUGAAUUUGAAGAAAGUGGCAACCCAGAAGCAUAUCUCAAAUCAUUAUCGGAUCUAGCUGCAGACAAUAAAGAUAAAGUUGUUGCUAUUGGUGAAAUGGGACUAGAUUAUGAUAGGCUGCAAUUUUGCUCCAAAGAUAUUCAAAAGAAAUAUUUUGAAAUGCAAUUAUCUUUAUGUUCCACUUUAAAGUUACCAAUGUUUCUACAUUGCCGUAAUGCUAGUGAAGAUUUUGUAAGAAUUUUAAGAAAACAUAAAGAUACAUUAACAGCUGGUGUUGUACACUCUUUUGAUGGUAACCCAGAAGAAGCUAAUUCCAUUUUACAAAUGGGGUUGUAUAUUGGUAUCAAUGGAUGCUCUCUAAAAACAGAAGAAAACCUUUUUGCUGUUACAACUAUACCAUCAGAUAAAUUGAUGAUAGAAACUGAUUGUCCAUGGUGUGAGAUAAGGCCUACACAUGCUUCUGCAAAAGAUGUUAUUACUCAUUUUCCAUCCAUUAAAAAGGAAAAGUGGCAAUCUGAUAAAAUGGUUAAAGGAAGAAACGAACCAUGUACCAUAGUCCAAAUUUUGGAAGUACUUGCACGAAUUAGAGACGAAGAAGAGGAAUAUUUAUGCAACCAAAUAUAUAAAAAUACAAUGAAAGUCUUUUUUCCUCAUGAACUUUAACACAGUAAUUCAAACUGAAACAUUAACUUCAUAAUCAGUGUGCGUUUUAGUAUUGCACGCUCAUACAUAUAAUCAGGGAAAAAUGCUGUGAAAUUAUAUAAAAAAAAUAAACAUAAUUUCUACUAAAAUCAUUUCUGAAAAGGAAGGAAAUGAAAUACAUUUUUACACGCAUAGUUCUAUGGAUGUGACGAGUAUCACAUUCCACUGAUCUCUUUCCAUAUAAAACUUUAAUAUUUGUUUCUCCUUUUUUGUUAAAUUUAUCAUUGUCACUAUAAUCAUCACCAUUAGAGUUGCAUGAUUAGCGCUAUUAUAUAAUUAUAAUAAUAAUUAUAUUACUAUACAUAUAUUUAUCAACAUUAUUCUGUAUGUCCUAUGAAUAUUAUUAUUAUUAUUAUUGCUGUAUCCAAUGACAUUAAGUUAAUAUUUUACAUGUACUAUAAAAUCAACAAUAAUCUAUAAUAAUCUAGCUUUAUUUUUGUAAAAAAAAGAUAAUACCAAAAAGUAAUUUUAUUUAAUACAUUGUCCGAUUUAUAAAUCAA